AUUCAAACUUACCCAAGGGGACGGAGGCAUUCAAGCGAUGAAAAAUAGAAAUGGUGGAGAGGGUGGAAGGAGAUUGUGUGUAUGAAACAAAAGGAGAUGAUGGAGAGUGCGGUGGAAUCAUUACUGCAUAGAGCAGAUGGUAGCGGCGGAGAGGAGAUUGGGAAGGGGCCGGGUGACUUUUUCGACCGCAUAGGGCUGGGAUGUGGUGUGGUUAGUGCGGAAGAAGGUGGGUUCGUGAGUGCCGCGUCAGCAGUUUGUGGGUCUGAGUGCCACGUCAUCAUCCAGUCAGCACCACGUCAGCGAGUCCAGUCAUCAGUGGGUCCCAUUGCCACGUCAGCAGGUCCAGUCAUUGUGUGGGUCCCGCUGGUGACUUUCGGAGAGAAGUUGGUUCUGACUAAUUUUGACGUCCUGAAUCCAUUUUUGAGGCCAGUUUCCUCAAAUUUGGAUUGUUUGGUAUUGGUUGAUUGCUGCUUGAGUGGAACUAUGACUACCUUGAAGUUUGAAGUUCCGUUAUUUGAUGGAAGAGCGGACUUCAUGUUGUGGCAAUGCACGAUUCAAGACUAUUUGGUCCAGCAAGGUCUUGAUUUGGCAUUGCAAGAUGAGAAGCCAAGUGAUAUGAAAGAAUCAGAGUGGAGUACAAUCCAGAAGAAGGUUGUCAGCACAAUUCGGUUGGCACUGUCCCCACAGAUUAAAGUGACAGUGCUGAAAGAGACAUCGCCAAAGAAGCUGUGGGAAACGUUGGAGAGCAAGUUUGCGUCGAAGACACUUACUAACCGGUUGAUGAUGAGGAUGGACUUGUACUCACUAAAGAUGGAAGAGGGAGGUAGCAUAAUUGAUCACAUCAACAAGUUUAAUGAGCAAGUAUCAAGGUUGUUAAAUGCAGGGGAGACUAUCAAGGAUGAAGAGCAAGAGCUGCUUCUACUGGCUUCACUACCAAAAUCCUUUAAGCCGUUUGUGCAAUCAAUGAUAGCAGGAAGGACUACACUGCGACUAGAUGAGGUGACGACUGCCUUGAAGGAGAGUCAAAGGAUGAUGGGAGGUGAAGAGUCUUCCAGGGACAAUCAUUUACUAACUGCUGUGAGUGUUGAGAAAGGGAGGAGGAAGAAGAGUGACCAACUUGGGAGAAGAUCGCAUCUAAGAGACAUGAGCACUGUUAGGUGCUAUUACUGUGAAAAGUUGGGUCACACGAAGAACGAUUGUCCAGAACUCAAAGAAGACUUGCAGAUCCUAAAGGAGAAGAAGGGCAAAUCGAAGGAAGCUUCUUCCGCAAAUGUGAUCACUUAUGAAGAUGAUCUCUUCUGAAGAUAAGAGUACUGCUGGACAGAAGAUUCUGCAGGAUGGGAGUAUCGCUGCAGAAAUCGCAAAUGAUGUAGGACUUUGAAUUAAGGGGAGAUUUGUUGAGUGUUACUUCAAAGUCCCACAUCGGUGGGAUAGGAAAAUUGAGGAGGGAUUGGAGCCUAUAAAU